AUUUACUAGUGUCCGAUCAAAAAAAAAAAAAAAAAAAAAAAUUUACUAGUGAAUACAUUCCAAGUUGUAAUUGUGUAUAGGGGUUUGAUAAUUUUUCAUAUCAUGCCCAGGGAUAGGGAUCCUCUAGUUGUUGGGCGUGUUAUAGGUGAUGUUUUGGACCCCUUCACAAGGUCCAUUUCUCUGAGGGUCACUUAUAACAACAGGGAGGUCAAUAAUGGUUGUGAGCUCAAACCUUCUCAUGUUGUCAACCAACCAAGGGUUGAUAUUGGUGGUGAUGAUCUCAGGACCUUCUACACUCUGGUAAUGGUAGAUCCUGAUGCACCAAGUCCAAGUGAUCCCAACCUAAGGGAAUACUUGCAUUGGUUGGUGACUGAUAUUCCAGCAACUACAGGGGCAAGCUUUGGGCAAGAGGUUGUCUGCUAUGAAAGUCCACGGCCAACAGUGGGGAUUCAUCGGUUUGCUUUCGUGUUGUUCCGUCAAUUGGGUAGGCAAACAGUGUAUGCACCAGGGUGGCGCCAGAAUUUCAAUACCAAGGACUUUGCUGAACUUUAUAAUCUUGGAUUGCCAGUGGCUGCUGUUUAUUUCAAUUGCCAGAGGGAAAGCGGCUCUGGAGGAAGAAGAAGAUAGGAGAAACACUCUACUAUCUUUUUUUAUUUAUUUAAAAUAAUAAUCUAGCAAGUAGCAUUAUAAAAGUGUUUAUGCAUGUACUAUGCAUGUAUGAGCUAAAUUUACCUACUAACACCUUGUCACUCUUUCCUUCUCCUUACAUAUAUAGGAGAUGUUUAGGACUAAGAAUUCUGGGAUGUGAACAUAUAUAAUAACAAUAAUAAUAUAGAUGGAAGUUUAAUAGUCUA